AUGUCUUCCCCAAAAUCCCGUGCUCAGUCUUCCUCUGUUUCAGUUCCUCCCGAUUACAUUACUGGGACUGGGAUUGACAAACAUGCGAUAGAGGUUAGGAGCAAGCUCCAUCCUUUUGCCCAGAAGAACCUAGAUGAGAAUGUCCUUCAUCUGUUCGAGAAUACCUUGGUGCUAGGGCCUCACUGGUUUGGUCAUGUUCCUCCCGAGAUGGCAGAACUGAUGAAGAAGGAUGUUGGGGCCUCACUUCUGCUCUGGCUUCUCAUUCCUGGGCUUCUUCCAAGAUAUGGACCUCAUUGGAAGCGGGCUGGUAUCUACGAUGCCAUACUUAUGUCCAAGCAGUUUGUCAACAGAGAUGAAAACCUGCUUGCUGCUGCCUUGUGUUUUUGGAAUUCUGCCAGUAACACUUUUGACUUUCGCAUAGGCUCCAUGGCUCCAACUCCGCCGGACAUGGCUCAGAUUUUUGGGUUUAGGCCCCAUGGAAGACCUGUUGAUGCUGUUGGUGAUUAUCACAGGAGGAAGAACCAACAGAAACUAGCCAAGCCAUUCACCAUCUCUCCAGCCCUCAUCAACCAGAACUGCUCCUUCUCCAAUUACCUGAGGAAAUUCAGUGUUGAGAAGGACAAGGACCAACAGCACAUGCUGUUCCUUCUGUAUUGGCUGAACAGGUUUAUUCUGCCCAACCGCUCUUCAGCAGUUCUGCUUGAUUACAAACAUCUGGCAGAAGCCUUGCACAACCAUACUGAUGUUGGACUUGGGCCAACAGUUCUGGCUUAUUUAUUCAAGAACCUGCAUACUGCCACCCUGGAAAAUCCGCUGAAUCUGUCUGCUCCUGGUGCAUUUUGGAUGAUCCAGAUCUAG